GAGGGCGGUGCACCGGUGAUUAUUAGUGAUCAGAAUGGCUUGCGAGAGUCGAAACGAGCUGAACAAGAGUAUGGAUUCAACACGUAUGUCAGUGACAUGAUCUCCAUGAAUCGCACUAUUCCUGAUAUACGAAUGGAAGAAUGCAAACAUUGGAAUUAUCCUGAGGUGCUACCAACGGUGUCCGUCGUCAUUGUUUUUCACAAUGAAGGUUGGACUCCGCUGCUGAGAACUGUGCAUUCUGUAUUACUUCGCUCACCUCCUCAACUGAUCAAAGAGGUAGUGAUGGUUGAUGAUUAUUCUGAUAAAGAGCACCUGAAAGAAAAAUUGGAAAAAUACAUAAAGCGAUUUAAUGGCAAGGUGAAAUUGGUUCGAACGGACGAUCGCGAAGGACUGAUUCGUGCUAGAACGAUCGGAGCAAAACAUUCAACGGCUGAUGUGGUCAUUUUUCUUGAUGCUCAUUGUGAAGUGAAUGUGAACUGGCUGCCGCCUUUGUUGGCUCCGAUCAAACACAAUAGGCGAGUCAUGACAGUACCGGUCAUUGAUGGAAUCGACGCAAACACAUGGGAGUAUCGCAGUGUUUAUGGCCAAGCAGAUCGUCAUUUCAGCGGAAUAUUCGAAUGGGGCCUUCUCUACAAAGAAACAGCCAUUACUGCAGCUGAAAGAAAUAGUCGACCUCAUAAUAGUAUGCCAUUCCGUUCACCAACACACGCCGGUGUGGUCUCUUCGCUAUUGAUCGGCUUUGGUUCCAAGAGCUUGGAUAUUAUGACGAAGGUCUUCAAAUUUGGGGCGAAUAUGUUGAGAGUGAUUCGAACGUGGAUGGAUGAGUAUGCAGAGUAUUACUUCAUCCGUGAACCUCAAGCACAGCGUGUGGAUCCAGGAGAUAUCAGUGCGCAGUUGGCUCUGAAGGAACGCUUGCAUUGCAAACCCUUCAAGUGGUACAUGGAGAAGGUGGCGUAA